UAUUAAUGGCAAAGCUGUUGCACUUUGAGGCAGUUCUCCUCUGUCCUCUCUCUCAGUUUGGAUCACUGUAUUUGAGACAAUGAAACUGGUGUACGUGUACUGUUCUCUGCUGAUAACGGUCUGGCAGGAGGUAGAAGCUUCUGGUAGUGGCCCUUCUGGGGUUCUGGACAAGGUGUAUGGAAGUUCCAGCUGCCCCCAGGUGAGACUGAAACCAGCCGGGCAGUGUGAAGAUGAGGAUGAGUGCCCAUACCAGAUUCAAAUGCCACCGCUGACCAUACAGCUUCCCAAACAAUUCCGUCUACUGGAGAAGACCAUGAAGGAGCUGCAAAGCUUGAAGGAGACAGUAAACAAGUUGAAGACCUCCUGUCUGGAGUGCAGCUUGCAGCAAAUCGACCUCAACUUGCAAAAGGACAGUGGAGACCCUCCAACAAACAGCGCAGAGCAGAGUCGAGGGGAUACCAGCAAAAGAGUCUACCAGAAUGGGAAUGACAGCGAUAAUAGCAUUGUACAACACAUGCAGGUAAAGAUGAGCCGCAUGUCUAACAGCCUGAAGAAUGCACGUGCGCAGAUUAACUCCCUUCAGGGACGUCUGGAGGAACUUAACCUCCUCAAUCUGCAAAAUGUGGAGGCAAUAGUGGACAGAAAAGUUGAGAACAUCACCGGGAUUGUCAACAAAAUUAGCAGCACCUGCACCUCAAAUUGUCCAGAUCAACAACAACAACUUCAACACCUCUCAAACAUCACUCCCAGAGACUGCUCUGACAUCAGCAUGCUGGGGCAGAGGUCAAAUGGGGUGUACCAGGUGGCCCCUGACCCAAGAAAUGGCAGCUUUGCAGUGUAUUGUGAGAUGGAGGCAUUAGGUGGUGGGUGGACUGUCUUGCAGCGUCGAAUCAAUGGCAGUGUAAAUUUCAACCGCACCUGGGCUGACUACAAGAAGGGCUUUGGUGACCUUAAAGGCGAGUUCUGGCUUGGAAAUGAUAAAAUCCACCUGCUGUCCAAGACCAAAGAUAUGAUCCUCCGCAUUGAGAUGGAAGACUUUGAGGGCACACGUGGGUAUGCCAAGUAUGAACAGUUCUAUGUGUCGAAUGAGUUCCUUCGUUAUCGGCUGUCUGUAAGCGGGUACUCUGGAACUGCUGGAAAUGCUCUGCAGUUUAGCAAACACUUCAACCAUGAUCAGAAGUUCUUCACUACGCCGGACAAAGACAACGACAUGUACCCCUCAGGGAACUGUGGGGUGUACUACAGCUCGGGCUGGUGGUUUGAUGCUUGCAUGUCAGCAAACCUUAAUGGCAAAUACUACAAAGCAAAGUACAAAGGAAAGAGGGAUGGGAUCUACUGGGGCACGUGGCACAAUCUGACUUCUGAGUACUAUCCGACAAACUACAGACAAACAUUUAAAAAUGUCAAAAUGAUGAUAAGGCCAAAGAAUUAUGCACCCUAAGCCAAAUGAUGUAUAAAAAAAAAAAAACCAAUUUUUUGGGGUACUUUUCCUCAAGAAUAACUGAUGAAGGUAUAUCUUGUGAUGCAUCAUAAGUCCUCAGACAUUAACAGAACUGCAUUAAAACAAAAUGUAUAAAACUCUGUAUUUCAAACAUUGCAAGGUGCAUAGGAAUUCUAUACAGCUUCUUUUCUAAUUAUACCAGGACUUUGAUUUAUGGUUUCGUGUGUGUGUGUGUGUGUGUGUGUGUGUGUGUGUGUGUGUGUGUGUGUGUGUGUGUGUGUGCUACUGCCAUCUUGUGUUUAAUUAGAUUAUUACAUACAUUACAUUUACAGAAAAUUACAAAUUUUAAUAAUAUAUGUUUUAUAUAGAUGGCCUGAAAACAAACAGACAUGGACUAAAGGCCCAUGUGGUUAUUAAAAAGAAACUGUGACAUUGAAGAAGGAAAUGUACAGUAUUUAUUUUGAAAGCAUGGGAUGAUUUUUUUUUUUAAGGAAUAUUAAAAAAGUAUUGCUGUGUGACUAGGCAGACCUUUAUGAAUGCUUUUUCGUUUGUUUUCUUGAGAGUCUGAAAUUAAUCAAUUUAGUUUUUUAAUCAUUAUUAGCCCACUUUUCAGAAACUGUUCAUAUAUUGGAGAAUUUAUAUCAACCAUCUCAUUUGUGCUUUUAAAAGGUACAUUCAUAUUUUUUUAUGAAACAAAUAAAACUAUAAUCCAAACGAUGCGUUGAAUACUGUGGUUGAUUCAAAGCUUUCUCACACACAGUCAACCAUCAGCUGAGCACAUCUUGAGCCUAUUUUUGUACUUAAUUCUGUACUGUAUGUUGAGCACAUAUCAAAAAAUGACUGUUUAUCACUGCAUUUUACAAUGCAAAACCAUUUACGCAGCACAUUUGUAUGGAGCCAUACAUGACAUGCAGGAAAAAAAUAGUAGGCUAAAUCGUGGACACACUUUACUAAGUCGUUCCCUCGAUUUAUAAAUCAUGCGCAUGAUUUAGCAAAUCGAGGGAACGAAAUAGUAAAUAAUGCACAUGAUUUAGUAAAUCGAGGGAACGACUUAGUAAAGUGUGUGCACAAUUUUAUUUUUCCCUGCAUGUCAUGUUCGAGGCUCCGUACGUUUGAGCUUCCACAAAAGGUUUGUUCUUGCGUGUCAAGCAGGUUCAGUUGAGCAUCUGCUUAUGUUCGCUGAUCAAUGUUUAUAUGUGAAUAAAAGCCUAAAUUCAAUCUGUUCAUCAUA